UCGACUCUUACAAUGCACAGAACGCAGUAAGUCAAAUCAAGUUGAAUGGAAAUGAAGGUCUUCUUCUGCUUUAGCUUCUUUGUUCUUUUGAGCGUGACAAGUCUUGCUAGGUCCCAAGUUGUCAAACCGGGCCAUGAUCAAAUCAAGGAGUUCCAUUUCCACAUCUAUUGGCUCCAAAAUAACCCCGAGCAAGAAUGGCAAGCCCUGACUUUGAAGGAGAAGAUUGUUGACGAAGUGCACAAUGGGAACUUCACCGUGGUUUGCGAUGGCAUCACAAAUGAGAUCCUGCCCACGAUCAAUGAAGAUGAAGUACCUGGUUUCAAUGUCCAACCCAUUGGACCACAUUCUUGCGGAAGUUUCGAGACCUGGGUGCCACGGGAAUCCUAUGCCAAGUUCCUGAGUUUUAUACUCUUAAAUCGUGGCGACCUGACGAUUUUCAUCCAUCCAUUGGGGAACAACGAAAUCGACGACCACACCAUUCAUGCCUCUUGGUUAGGCCAAUCGUAUCCUCUGGAUUUGUCUCCUCUCAGCGCAGUGGGAGGAGAUGACCCUCAAUAUCCCGAACUAGGGUUGGGAUACAAUGCUAUGUGAGAACGGAAAUGAGAAAAAAUCCACGCUGGAAAAGUACAAGCGAGCUCAAUCAUAAA